AUGCGGAUCCCGGCUACCCUGGGGUUCUUUGCUCAAGCUCCGGAACGAAAUCCGGAAAAACACGGCCAGAAUGCGAACCACCAGCAGAAGAAGUGCUCCCAGCAAGCUACUAGCUUUUUCAUGGACAGUGUCAAGAGGGCUCGGGAGAGAAACCAGAGACAAAGUGAGACCGAAAGAAGACUCGAGGAGCCAAACAUUAGUCAAGAAAGACGACAACAGAUCUGGUCCAGUAGUGGCCGGAAGGAAGGGCAAUACUUGCGGUUCUUGCGCACUAAAGAUAAGCCCGAGAACUACCAGACAGUCAAGGUCAUUGGAAAGGGCGGGUUUGGCGAAGUGAAACUAGUGCGAAAAAAGUCAAACGGCCAAGUCUACGCAUUAAAGUCUCUAAUUAAAACGGAGAUGCUUCAGAGGGAUCAGCUAGCGCACAUUCGGUCCGAGCGGGACAUUUUAGCGGAAGCUGAAAGUCCGUGGGUCGUGAAGCUCUUUACUACCUUUCAGGAUGCGCAUUUUCUCUAUAUGCUCAUGGAAUUCCUACCGGGUGGUGAUUUGAUCUCAAUGCUAAUCAAGUACGAGGUCUUCUCAGAAGAUAUAACCAGGUUCUACAUGGCAGAGUGCAUAUUAGCCAUCGAGGCAGUGCACAAACUCGGCUACAUCCAUCGAGAUAUCAAGCCAGAUAACAUCCUGCUGGACCGGGGCGGCCAUGUGAAACUGACCGACUUUGGCCUGUCUACCGGCUUUCGUCGUCUGCACGACAAAAGCUACUACCAGCAGCUGCUGCAGGGAAAGUCUAGCAAUCCAAGAGACCAAAGCUCAAUGACGAUUGACCAGAUUAACCUUACUGUUAGCAAUCGGUCGCAGAUUAACGAGUGGCGGCAGUCGAGGAGAUUGAUGGCAUACUCUACUGUUGGAACACCGGACUAUAUUGCGCCUGAGAUAGUCACUGGCCGCGGUUACUCAUAUAGCUGCGAUUGGUGGUCCCUCGGCACCAUCAUGUACGAGUGUCUGGUGGGAUGGCCUCCAUUUUGCGCCGAGUGCGAGCACGACACGUACCGGAAGAUUGUGAGCUGGAGGCACACUUUGUGUUUUCCCAAUGAUAUCCAGCUUGGCCCAGCCGCUGAGAACUUGAUCCGCAGAUUGGUUUGCGAUGCCGAGGACCGAAUUGGCCGUGGCGGGGCGCAAGAGCUCAAGGCACACCCUUUCUUUCGGGGAGUCGAGUUUGAUCAUUUGCGCCGUAUCAGGGCGCCGUUUGAGCCGCGGCUGACUUCCAAUAUCGACACGACCUACUUCCCCAUUGAUGAAAUUGAUCAGACUGAUAUGGCUAGCCGCCUCAAGGCCCAGGCACUGCCUGGCGUUGAAACGCCGUUGGGGGAUUCGCUGGAGAUGAGUUUGCCUUUUAUUGGGUACACUUUCAAGCGGUUCGACACCAAUUUCCAGUAA